GAUGGUCUCUACCUUCAUGAUCUCAGGAAUUCAAGGAAUCUUGGAGCUCAGAACACGGAGGACCAUUUUCAGUAGGAAUUGGGAGAUAAGUCUUGAUAGAGCUUUUGCUAAUGGGAUGAUUUGGUGAUGGAGUACUCCUGACCGAUGGACUCAAAGAAGAAAAGCUCAACAGAGGCAGAAGGAUCCAAAGAAAGAGGCCUAGUCCAUGUCUGGCAGGCAGGAUCCUCUUCUCUGACACCAGAGAGGUUGCCAGGCUGGGGAGGAAAGACAGUUCUUCAGGCAGCACUUGGUGUGAGGCAUGGAGUUCUUCUGACUGAAGAUGGUGAGGUCUACAGCUUUGGGACCCUUCCCUGGAAAAGUGAAUCAGCAGAAAUUUGUCCAAGCAACCCCCUUCUAGAAAGUGCUCUGGUUGGGCAUCAUGUUGUUACUGUGGCAACAGGGAGUUUCCACAGUGGAGCAGUGACAGAAAGUGGGGUUGUGUACAUGUGGGGGGAGAACGCUGCUGGGCAGUGUGCAGUAGCUAACCAGCAGUAUGUGCCGGAGCCGAGUCCUGUCAGCAUUUCUGACUCAGAGACCAGCCCUUUGUUAGCAGUUAGGAUUCUUCAGUUGGCAUGUGGCGAGGAACACACACUGGCAUUGUCACUCAGCCGAGAGAUCUGGGCAUGGGGCACCGGCUGUCAGCUGGGUCUCAUCACCACUACCUUCCCAGUGACAAAGCCACAGAAGGUGGAACACCUUGCUGGACGAGUGGUGCUUCAGGUGGCCUGCGGUGCAUUCCACAGCCUUGCGCUUGUGCAGUGCCUCCCUCCCCAGGAUCUGAAGCCAGUCCCAGAGAGAUGCAACCAGUGCAGCCAGCUGCUCAUCACUAUGACAGACAAAGAGGACCAUGUGAUAAUAUCAGACAGCCAUUGCUGCCCUUUAGGUGUGACACUGUCGGAAUCUCAAGCAGAAAAGCAUGCCAGCACUGCUACCAGCCCUCACCCAGAGACUCUGGAUGAGCAGGGAGAGGUAUUUGAGAACACAGUGGUAGAAGCUGAACUGAGCAUGGGAAGCGGUCAGACUACAGGUGGCAGUGCCAUUUCCUCCCAGCAGAGCAUCGUGGGAACAGCUGAAGUGUCUUCUGCCAGAACAGCUCCCUCAUACCCAGACACCCAGGCGGUUACUGCAUACCUGCAGAAGCUAUCAGAGCAUUCGGUGAGGGAGAACCAUGAGCCUGGAGAAAAGCCACCCCAUGUCCAGCCUCUUGUAGAAGAAGCAGUUCCUGAUAUUCACAGUCCACCAACCACAAGCACCUCAGCCCUCAACAGCUUAGUGGUCUCCUGUGCAUCUGCUGUUGGUGUGAGAGUGGCUGCCACCUAUGAAGCUGGGGCCUUGUCUCUCAAGAAAGUUAUGAACUUUUAUAGCACCACCCCCUGUGAGAUGGGAGCUCCAUCAGGCAGUGCUUCUCCAGGCCCAGAAAGUCUGAAAGAUCUCAGAGAAGAGCAGGUGAAGCAGGAAUCACUGCAAGGGAAGAAAAGCUCGAGUCUCAUGGAUAUCAGAGAGGAGGAGGCAGAGGGAGGGAGUCGAAGACUCUCCCUCCCAGGAUUGUUGUCGCAAGUUUCCCCCAGGCUCUUAAGGAAGGCUGCAAGGGUGAAAACUCGGACAGUGGUUCUGACUCCCACAUACAGUGGAGAAGCAGAUGCCCUCCUGCCUUCCCUGAGGACAGAGGUGUGGACCUGGGGGAAAGGCAAGGAAGGGCAGCUGGGGCACGGCGACGUCCUGCCCAGGCUUCAGCCGUUGUGUGUCAAGUGUCUGGAUGGUAAAGAGGUAAUCCAUCUGGAGGCAGGUGGCUCCCACUCUCUCGCACUUACUGCGAAAUCUCAGGUUUACUCAUGGGGCUGUAAUACCUUUGGUCAACUUGGGCAUUCUGAGUUUCCAACAACGGUUCCUCGACUCUCAAAGGUUAGCAAUGAAAAUGGAGUCUGGAGUGUAGCUGCAGGCCAAGAUUAUUCCUUGUUUUUAGUGGACACCGAAGACUUCCAGCCUGGAUUGUAUUACAGUGGCCGACAGGACCGUGCUGAAGGUGCCACCCUGCCAGAGGAUUCCAGUGGUACAAAGACUCCAGUACUUCUCUCCUGUAGUAAGCUUGGAUAUAUAAGCAGAGUCACAGCAGGAAAAGAUAGCUAUUUAGCUUUGGCGGACAAGAACAUCAUGGGAUACAUUGCCAGUCUCCAUGAGUUGGCUACUACGGAAAGACGGUUUUACUCAAAACUCAGCGAAAUCAAAUCACAGAUACUUAGACCUCUUCUCAGUUUAGAAAAUUUGGGCACUGUGACCACUGUCCAGCUGUUGCAGGAAGUCGCCAGCAGGUUUAGCAAGUUGUGUUACCUUAUUGGGCAGCAUGGAGCCUCACUAAGCAGCUACCUGCAGGGUGUGAAGGAAGCCAGGAGCCUGGUCAUCAUGAAGCAUUCGAGUCUUUUCUUGGACAGUUACACAGAGUACUGCACAUCAGUUUCAAAUUUCCUGGUUAUGGGAGGAUUCCAGCUUCUUGCCAAGCCUGCCAUUGAUUUUCUAAAUAAAAACCAAGAACUCUUGCAAGAUUUGUCAGAAGUGAAUGAUGAGAACACUCAGUUGAUGGAAAUACUAAAUACACUGUUUUUCUUGCCAAUCAGACGACUUCAUAAUUAUGCAAAAGUUUUGCUAAAGCUCGCUACUUGCUUUGAAGUGACAUCUCCAGAGUAUCAAAAGCUGCAGGAUUCCAGUUCUUGUUAUGAGUCUCUUGCUCUCCAUCUUGGCAAGAAGAGGAAGGAAGCAGAGUACACACUGAGCUUCUGGAAGACCUUUCCUGGAAAAAUGACGGAUUCCUUGAGGAAACCAGAGCGCCGGCUGCUCUGUGAGAGCAGUAACCGAGCCCUCUCCCUGCAGCAUGCUGGCAGGUUUUCUGUGAAUUGGUUCAUUCUCUUCAAUGACGCCCUGGUCCAUGCUCAGUUCUCCACCCACCACGUGUUCCCUUUGGCUACACUCUGGGCAGAGCCACUUUCUGAAGAAGCGGGUAGCGUGAAUGGCUUAAAGAUAACCACACCUGAAGAACAGUUCACGCUCAUUUCUUCAACACCCCAGGAAAAGACCAAGUGGCUUCGGGCUAUCAGCCAAGCUGUGGAUCAGGCUUUGAGGGGGACGUCUGAUUUCCCACUUUACGGAGGUGGCAGCAGUGUUCAGAGACAGGAACCACCCAUCUCAAGAAGUGCCAAAUACACUUUCUACAAGGAUACUCGCCUAAAGGAUGCCACUUACGAUGGGCGCUGGCUUUCAGGGAAGCCUCAUGGCAGGGGUGUUCUGAAGUGGCCUGAUGGAAAGAUGUAUUCUGGCAUGUUCAGGAAUGGCCUGGAAGAUGGGUACGGUGAAUACAGAAUCCCUAACAAGGCCCUGAACAAAGACGACCAUUAUGUAGGCCAUUGGAAAGAGGGGAAAAUGUGUGGACAAGGAGUCUACAGCUAUGCCUCUGGUGAAGUGUUUGAAGGCUGCUUUCAAGAUAACAUGCGCCAUGGGCAUGGUCUUCUCCGGAGUGGAAAGCUGACGUCUUCUUCGCCUAGCAUGUUCAUUGGCCAGUGGGUAAUGGAUAAGAAAGCAGGAUACGGUGUCUUCGAUGAUAUCACCAGGGGAGAGAAGUACAUGGGCAUGUGGCAGGACGACGUAUGUCAAGGGCAUGGUGUGGUGGUCACCCAGUUUGGGCUAUACUACGAAGGCAACUUCCACCUUAACAAAAUGGCGGGAACUGGGGUUUUGCUUUCUGAAGAUGAUACUAUCUAUGAAGGAGAAUUUUCUGAUGACUGGACGCUUAGCGGAAAGGGAACACUGACUAUGCCAAAUGGAGAUUAUAUUGAAGGUUAUUUUAGUGGAGAAUGGGGAUCUGGGAUAAAAAUCACUGGGACCUACUUCAAACCUAGCCUCUAUGAGAGUGAUAAGGACAAGCCCAAAGCCUUCAGGAAGCUGGGGAGCCUGGCGGUGGCCGCAGAUGAGAAAUGGAGAGCAGUGUUUGACGAAUGCUGGCGCCAGCUGGGCUGUGAGAGUCCAGGUCAAGGGGAAGUUUGGAAAGCAUGGGAUAAUAUCGCUGUGGCCUUGACCACCAACCGUCGCCAGCACAGAGACAGUCCAGAAAUACUAAGCCGUUCACAGACUCAGACCUUGGAGAGUUUGGAGUACAUUCCCCAGCACGUAGGCACCUUCUCUGUGGAGAAAUAUGAUGAUAUCAAGAAGUAUUUAAUAAAGGCCUGUGACACUCCUCUGCACCCACUGGGCAGGCUUGUGGAGACCCUGGUUGCAGUGUAUAGAAUGACUUAUGUGGGUGUAGGGGCCAACCGCCGCUUACUGCAGGAAGCUGUGAAGGAGAUUAAGUCUUAUCUCAAGAGGAUUUUCCAGCUUGUGAGGUUCUUGUUUCCUGAGCUUCCUGAGGAGGGCAGCACAAUUCCUCUCUCUGCUCCUCUGCCCAUGGGAAGGAGAUCCUUCUGUACUGGGAAAUCGGAUUCCAGAUCCGAGUCACCAGAGCCAGGUUACGUAGUCACAAGUUCUGGCUUACUGCUUCCGGUGCUGCUGCCUCGGCUCUACCCACCUCUCUUCAUGCUCUAUGCCCUGGAUAAUGACCGAGAGGAAGACAUUUACUGGGAAUGUGUUCUUCGACUAAACAAGCAGGAAGAUAUUGCUCUCCUGGGCUUUCUUGGAGUACAGAGGAAAUUCUGGCCAGCAACCUUGUCAAUCCUUGGAGAGGGUAAAAAGGUGUUGCCAACCACAAAGGAUGCUUGUUUUGCAUCUGCAGUAGAAUGUCUGCAGCAGAUCAGCACAACAUUUACUCCAUCAGACAAACUUAAGGUGAUCCAGCAGACCUUUGAAGAGAUCUCCCAGAGUGUCCUGUCGUCAUUGCAGGAGGACUUCCUUUGGUCCAUGGAUGACUUGUUCCCUGUCUUCUUAUAUGUGGUGCUGCGAGCCAGGAUUCGGAAUUUAGGCUCUGAAGUUCACCUCAUUGAGGAUCUGAUGGACCCCUAUCUCCAGCAUGGGGAGCAAGGCAUAAUGUUCACCACCUUGAAGGCAUGUUACUACCAGAUUCAGCGUGAGAAGCUUAACUAGGGUCCCUGACAGCUUGAGAACGGAUUAUCUGCUGCGGAAGCCACAGCACCAUCUGGAGUCUGAUGGUGGCAGAAAAGAACAGUGUUGAAGUUGGAAUGGACUUUUGUGUUAUUUUGGUUGUAAUUUCUGAGCCUUACUAAUAAUUAGAGCCCAGUGUGGAAAAUAUACUGUAUUAUUUAAAUGGGGCUGGAAAGGGAAAUAGGGACAGAGUAGACAGUCUUUGGCCUGUGCUGAGAUCCACACACCUACUUAGAAAAGGAAACUGGUUCCCCUUUCCUAUAGUGACAGUUCUCAGCUCCGUGGAGUAACAGGAACCAUUUCCAGGAAAGCUGCUUAGGUGAACAGAAGUUGAUGACUGUUUUUAAGCUCCUGGUUUGUCUAAAUCCAUUUGCAGUUACCCCAGACCCUUUGGCAAGGAGCAGGUUUUACUUGAAACUGAAGCGCCCACACCUUGCCUUCCUAGACCUUUUCCAGGCCCGUGUGCAGCAUGCUACUUUGCUAGUGGGGGAAGAAGAAGAAGUUUAAACUGUAGUAUUAACCUUUUGUAUUUGUGGUCAGAUAGCUCCCAUGGGGUGAAUACGACAUCCUAGUCCCCGCGUGGGAUGCAUUCAAUAGGAUCUUCUGCCUGCUGACCGAAAAGAACAUAGGAAUACACUGGAAUGCAAACACUGACUGCUGAGCUGCCACAAACCUCACUGAUCCGAGGCAGACUGCAUUCCCAGGAGGCCCAUGAGCCGCUUAGCACAAGCUUCAUGUGGAGACUGAAGAUUGGGAAGUGUGAGGAAGCAGGGCACUGCAGUAGUCCUCAGCCCAGUGUGCGGGUCUUCCUCUGCCUCACACUGAACUCAGAAGGGAAGGAAGGAGAAAUGCACUUGGGAUUCUCCACCUCAAAAGUAUUGUGACACCACAAUAUGUCCACAGUUUGCUUUUUUACAAACAUCCUCUUGUGGGUUGUUGGUUUAUGCGGUAGCAGUAACUGUAGCUGUUUGGAUACCACAGGUGCUCUUCCGUCUCAUCUGCUGUAGGCGAGCACAGUGUCCUGACUCAUGUGAAAUGACUCAGCAGGCGGUAAUUACUUUUGAAAAGGAUCAUGAUUUCCGAGUACUUUAUAAUCAAGACAAGUAUUUGUUAACAUACUGUUUUAGAAUGUUGGCUGUAAUGUCACAGCAGUUUUCAUAAUAAAUGACAUUCAUCUCUA